AUGCAUAGGAGUGUAAGGGCUCCGUUGCGGUAUGGUGGACAGCUUUUGACGAGACGAUCUGGACCUUGUUGUAACACUACUAUAUAUCUGGAAAAUCUCCGAGGCGAACAAUACCCGCUUUCGACAACUGAUGUUACGCUCUCUCCUCAGAAUAAACUGAUGACAGAUACAGAAUUUGAGUUGGUGUGUCUUAUUGUCUCGUGGAAAGAUUGUUGA